AUGGAAGAGCAUUGCUUGGUAAUGUGUGGUGAUUGGACGUGUUUAGAUGAUGGUCGCUGGGAGUUUACUAUCGACAAGAGCAAGAUGUCUAGAGUUGUUACAAUAAGAGAAGAUAUGAACAUUGAAGAGUUGAAAAACGGUGUCGUUGGUGAGUUCUUUGGUUUACGUCCUUCCGGAGUCACUGCCUCACUGAGCUACUGGCCACCUAAUAGCACCGAGCUUGCCACCGGAAUCACUACACCACCUGUCCUCUUGACGAAUGCCGAAGGUAUUUCAUUCUUUUUCAAGCACUACCGUGUUGAGAGGACCGUUAACCUCUUCGUUACGUUCACUGACGGAGAGCGUACCUCUGUUUCUAUGGGAUACAACACUCCAACGCCGAGUCUUAAAAGGGUUUUCGACGAGGGAUCCGGAUCCGCUGGUGACUCAGUGAGGAGGAGCGGUAGUGUAAGAAGCUUCUCUUCACUUGGUAGUGGAUUUGAGACACCAAUUCAGGGGCGCAAGAAACAGUGUCCCUCUUCGAGCUUUGAUACUCCUGCAGGUUACGUUUCCGGUCACCAAAACGUACGCUUUGACACUCCCGGAUCAUCCGGUGGGAUCCCAAUACAAUUCGUGGAAGACGAGUUUAUCGACGAGGUGGAGCGAAUGGAACAGUAUUUUCCCGAUAAAACACCCUAUGCCUCCGAGGAGAACGAUCCAGAUGACUGCUUAGGUGAUUUGGCAGAUGACAAUGUUGACGUUAGGCCUGUUAGCUUUGAUACAGAAUUCUGGGUUCCAUUUGUCCAAGAUGUCUAUGGUGGAUCAAACGCAGUUGAUGUUAUGUGUCCACCAAGUGACGGCUUCAAUGGCAAAGCGGCCGCGAUGGGGAAGCACAAAGAGUACCUAUGUACCAGUAAUGAUGCUUUCGAUCAUACAAUUGUCUCCGGUGAUUAUGAGUCUAAGGAUUUCAAAACUGAAACUCCUGCAAAAAACGGUGCUUCUUACGAACCACAGCCUCCAUUCAUCCCAUGCCAACGUCCUACUAUUCCUUUGGGAGAGAUCGACGAUGAAGAGUUUGACAUACCUCCUCUGUUUGAUGAUACCACCUACGAUAAUGAUGACAUACCAGACUUGGAUAUUGAUGAAGCUGCAUGCAGAAUUGAAGUAGGCAGACUAUUUUCCAGCAAGGAAGAAUGUCAAAUUGCUUUGGCAAUUUACGCCAUUAAAGGUAUGUUCCAAUUCAAGCAGACGACGACAAAGCGUCACUAUUUUAUUCUUAGUUGUCCAGAUUCUCGUUGUGAUUGGAGGAUAAGGGCUCGGGAAGUAGGCGAUUGUGGUAUGUACGAAAUACAGAGGGCUCAGCUAAACCACAGUUGCUCCAUCGACACACGUAAUGCUUACAAGAAGAGAGCUUCUUCUAGAGUAAUAGCUGCUGUUUUCAAAGCAAAAUACGGUGAUCCUGAGAAAGGUCCAAGGGCAGCGGAACUUCAGCGCAUGGUGUUGGAAGAUUUGCGUGUUAAUGCUUCUUACAUGAAAUGUUAUAGGGCGAAAGAGAAAGCAACUAUAGAGGUUAGAGGCACCGAGGAAGAGUCCUAUCUCAAACUGCCUACCUAUCUGCACAUGCUGAAGCUUGCAAAUCCUGGUACCGUAGCUGAUUUGGAGAUAGAUGUUGAUGAAGAGGGACAUAAGAGGUUCAUGUACGUGUUUUUAGCUUUUGGUGCAUCAAUAAGGGGAUUCCGGAAGCUUAGACCUGUAGUUUCAAUCGACGGAACUCAUCUAUGGGGAAAGUACAAGGGAGUUUUGCUUACUGCCGUAGGUCAAGAUGCGAACUGUCAGCUAUUCCCUCUCGCCUAUGCUGUUGUUGAUGCUGAAGAUGAGGAGUCCUGGACCUGGUUUUUGAAGAAAUUAGAGAAGAUUUUGGCAGACAGCCCUACAUUGACUAUAGUCUCUAAUCGGCACCCGGCAAUAUAUCCUGCGAUGAAAGUUGCAUACCCACGAGCUGUCCACGUUGCUUGUAUUGUUCAUUUGGCAAGAAACGUUGGAUCAACGUUUGUUAACAAAGGAUUGGCUAAAUUAGUGAAGCUGGCUGCGUAUGCCUAUAGGGUUAAGACCUUUAAUAUGAUUUUUGACAAGAUUAGAUCUACAAGUAGUGAAUGUGCUAGGUACUUGGAGAAAGCUGGGAUGGGUCACUGGACCAGAGUGUAUUGCAAGGGUGAACGUUAUAACAUGAUGACAAGCAAUGCAUGUGAGCAGCUGAACAAGGCGUUGAAGGAAGGCAGGGGUUGUCCAAUCGUUGAGCUUCUCCAGUUCAUCCAGUCUAUGAUGACGCGGUGGUUUAGUUGUCGCAGAAAGAAGUCGCUUAAGUGUCGUGGUGGUGUAACUCCAGAGGUUGAGAAACAAAUCAUGAUACAUAGGACAGAGGUUGUAGGAAGCUCUGUUAAUUUGGUUUCUAAUUGGACUUGUCAAGUCGUCGGACAAUUUGGAGAGAGGAACCUCGUUCAGUUGAAAGAGAGGAAGUGUUCUUGUAAGAAAUUCGACCGUCUCAAGAUUCCAUGUGGCCAUGCUCUGCUUGCAGGAGACUCCCUAGGUUUGUUGCCAAGUAGUUUGUCUGGUCAUGUCUUCAAACCGGAUGCUUGGCAAGAGACUUACAGCGACAUAAUAUGUCCUGAGGGUGACCCGAAAGAUGAGGUAAUCCCUGAAGAUGUUGGUGAACUUCUUAUCAUGCCUCCAAGAAAUCGUAGAGGAUUAGGUAGGAGGAAGGUAGCAAGAAUUCCAUCCAAAGGCGAAUUCCCUGCAACUAAAGUGAAGAAGGCUGUUCCUAAUCGAUGCACCCGGUGUCAUUAUGAAGGCCACAAUCGCACUACCUGCAAGAAAGACAUUUGA